UCCAAGUUUGAAAUACCCGCAACCUAUAUAUAGACAGCAAUGAUGGUUUUUGUUAAAGUGAAACAAACCUAAACCCUAACAUGUUGUUGACUCAUGAAACUGAAGACAGAUUCGGCGAUCUGCCAGAUCCGAUCGUGUUUCACAUCCUCUCCUAUCUGAACACCAAAGAGGCCUUUCAAACUUGCAUACUCUCCAAAAGAUGGAACAAUCUCACAAACAAUCUUCCAAUCCUAAUUUUAGAUUCCGACCAGUUCGAAUCUCUGGAAAGUUUCGACAGGGCAUUGUCUCAAAUUCUAUCUGUUCGCAAUGAGUUCGAUGAGGACGACGACCAUUCAAAUUCCCUUCUCGACACUCUAGAUUUGGCCCUCACCCCAAUUGAUUUCGGUGCCCAUGAUAGUUUCCCGUCGACUGACUUAAUCCUCAAACACAUGGUAAGGUAUGCCCUUUCACAUAAUGUCCGGCGAUUACGAUACCCUAUCACCUGUCAUAUUAAUUCGUUUCCACCUAUAUUUGCAUCUCAAACUUUAACUUCUCUUGACCUUACUGUUCCUCGUUGUUUUCAAGAAUUGGGUUCAAGAUUUUUAUUUCCGACUCAUCUCAAUUUGCCCUCCUUAACAAACUUGACUUUAUCAUAUUUUCGAUUUGGUGCUGGCGAUGAUGGUUGUGCUGACCCCUUCUCCGCCUUUAACAAGUUGAAUACUUUGACCAUUAUUCGUUGCGUUGUUGUUAAUCCACGAUUUCUUAAUUCCUCUAGAGGAGUGUAUCGAGAUGAUAAUAAUCAGCCAUUAAAACUCCGCGUAUCUCCAUCAAAUCUUUGUAACUUUUCUUUUACCGGUAAUACAAGUCAAAAACUAUGUCUCACCCAUCUUUCUUCUCUUAAACACCUAUGCAUUGAUGCUGAACAGGUUGGCUUUCGUAACUCUGCCAUUCAAGAGGAUUCUGCAGUCCUACUCAGCUCGUUGCAAGACCUUCCUAAUAUCAGAUCAUUGACGGUCUCUUCUAAUACUCUGCAGGUUCUAUCUUUUGUUUCCUAUUUAUUCGAGGUUAAAUUUACUUCCUUCUGUAACUUGGAGUCACUGGAAGUACAAAUGAAACCGAUUUUAGGUCAAUUGUACGAAAUUUUGUGUUUUGGCAAGUUCAUGAUACCAGGCGGCAUUCAGCUGUAUCAAGCCACAACAAUCAUACCUGAUGGAGUAAUUGACUGUUUGAUUCAAAACUCGCCUUCAGCAAAUGUUAGCGUCAUACCAUAUAAGAUCCAAGAUCCAAGAGAAGUAAGAAUUGGAGGUCCUCGUUGGAGGAAAUUCUAUGGUAAAAAGCAUACAAAAGCUAAACAAAUUUGAUAUGCUAAACUUCUGUCAGAACACCAAAAUCAAUGGAGGCGAACCAUCAGAAAUCUUUCUCGAGAUUUAUCUACUUUCUUGCCUUCUAAUUUAUUAUUAUAUUUUCUAUUUUACUGCAAGUAUUGUAUUCAAAGAUUUAUUUAUUGUGAAUUUUUUAUUUAUUUUCUAGAUAACAUGUUUAAUUAUUUUACUCUCUUCAUUCUAAUGUAUUAUAUUUUCUAUUUUAUUUGAUCUAGUAUUAGACCUCCAGAGGUCUUAUUUAUUGGAAUAUUUUGUUGAAUAAUGACAACUAAUGACAUAGUAUUUUAUAAGUCACAUUCCCGUGGUGUUACUGAUGAGACAGUUUACUUGGGGAAGUUUCUCUAAGUUAGAUCUAUUUCUAUAUUUGGGAAGUUUUUCUCUGUUUAGCAAAGGAUAAGUUAGAUCCAUUGUUUAGCAAAGGACAAGUUUGAUCCAUUUCUAUAUGUUUUCAAACACGGCGUUACGUUUGAUUAUAUUGAGUAUGCGGUAUGGACAUUGGAGAGUUAAUCCACUUUGGAUGUAUGAUGUAUGUUGAAUUGAUAUCAACAAGUAUAUUUGCGAUGAUUUUCUACUAAUUUUGGAGUUACAAUGCUUGACGUCAACAAUACGUUUAUGGUAUGUGUUUUCUACUAAUUACUAUGUCCAGUUUUUUAUAGUUACACUUACAGCAUAAUUAGGACAGUGAAGUGACUUUUUCAACUUAAUUGAUCAAAUCUCUGGAUGCAAAACAUAUAUUAAACUCCUCCAACACCACCCAUCAAAUGACGUCCAUGAAAAUGAAAGAUAAGUAAUGAAAAGAAUAUGACUCUCUUUUACUGCUAUAAUCAAAUCUCGGUUUUACAAGUUGUCGCGGCGUCGUCCAGGAGAGAGAUUUCCUGAGUUGCAAGGCAGUGAUAGCUGGUAGCUCCGCUGCGGGAGUUCAUCGUCUUUUCCGGACCUAUUUCUUACAUUUUCAGAUUUUUGUAUUGUGGUGUAUUGUUGCAGCUUUACAAGUUCUUGAAUCUGUAUUGUGUAAUUAGUGACUUGGUGGAAUUUUGAUUUUUUACACUGUCACAAAUUCUGCAGGUUUUUGUUGAAUAAGGUGAUGGUGUAAGUUGGGAUUGUGAAGGUUGAUGAUUAGAGGAAUGAUGAUGAAUUUUUUAAGGUGGUGAUGUUGUUGAAUGAAAAUCUGAUGAAAUUUUAGUUCAUGAUUCUGUGAGUUUGUUUUGUUACAUGUUUAGUGU